AUGGAGUCCGCAUUCAGAACAGCGCCAGAGACCAGGCGCGCGCAAUUCAAAAUGGUGCUGCGAUCGGCUCACAAAAUCUACUCGUUUCUGGCGGAGGGCGAGCAGCCUCGGAACCUUCGCUUUCACGACCACGCGCUCCUUGUUCUUCGGCUUACUCGCGAUCUCCAAAGUGAGAGUGGCAAUCCGGAGCAAGACCUGUUUGGCCUUAAGCUCAAGCGCCAGCAAAGCCUGGCACUGGUGCGCGGGUACCUGAUGCGCAUCUGCUUUACUGGCGGCGAGCUCGUCCGCUACGCGAUUGAUAUAGACAUGAUACGGGUCAUUGCUUCUCCAAAACCGUUCAAGCUUGUCCGAAUUCUCUGCUAA